CAAAAGCCGUAAAUGCAGAAAACUUCUCGAUUUUAUUAAAAACAUAUUCGGGCAAGCUCACUUUAGGAAUCUCGACAUUAUUCAAAUUAGGAUUAGUUAAAAUGCCAUUAUUAAAAUUAGUACCGAAACACCGACAAUGGUACUGUUUGAAUCUUGUACCGACAAAAAUUCUUUUCACGCCCGACAUUAUAUUAAAGCCUCAUAUGCGUGUAGGAGGCGGUACUACUUAAACUGUGCCGAGACUUGAAAAGUUGGUACUAACGUGUGUGUGUCUGUGAUAACGGAACUCGAAACUGCGGUCGCGCUUUAUAGGCUUGGGGCAAAGGUGGUACCGAUGACUAUUUAUAAAUCGGAGACGAGUUUAAAUUUUUUGUCCAAUGUUUGCUGUAAAAGGGCCUCAAAAAUUAUAAUUAAAAAAAAAAAACGAUUAGUAGGUACUUUCAUAUUUGUGUAGUUUUAAGUAGUACCUAGGCUCUUUUGGGUCUUGGACUAUAAUAUUUUCUAUUAGAUGAUUAUUUUAACAAUGUGAUUAUCUAAAGUCAAAGUCCAAAUACUAUAGUAGUUUUAAAAAUAAAUUAGAACAUCCUUUUUCGCUAUUAUUGGUUUAUAAAACAAAUUAUUGGGCAAUAGUUUUGUGAUAAUAAUUAAAAAAAUUGGUUGAUUUUAAUAAAAUGAUCAUAAUGCAUAAUAAUUAUUCAAUGCCUAAUAUAAGCUGUAUCGAUUAUUGUCGAUACAAUAUGGCUCCCCAUCUCUACUAUCGAUAUGAAACAAUAUUCGAUUUACCGGCGCCCAUUCCUAUUAUUUUUGACAACUGGACGAAAAAGUGAGGUUAUGUAUGUUUAUUGUUUACUUUUUCAUAAUUAAUUAUUUAAAUAACUUUGAGUGGGUUUAAUUCUUUUAUAAAUAAUUGACACGUACUUAAAAUUAUGUAAAAAUGAUUCCUCGAAUAUCUUGGAGGGAACUUUUCCCUUCAAAAUUCAGUCAAAUUGUAUUUGUACUUUAUGUAUUGUUGUUUGUUAAUCAAGGCAUUUUAGUAACAGCCUCCCAACAGUCAGACAACAAAUACAACUACAACAUUGUCACUGUAGUAUUAAUGACUGAAUUAUUAAAACUAGUCUUAUCCACUUUGCUUUAUUGUAGAGAACAAAGUCCUGCUCAAUUAGUAAGAGAAAUUGUAAUUAAUAGGAAAGUGCUGGCAUUGUAUUUUGUGCCAGCUUUCUUGUAUUGCCUCUACAAUAAUUUGGCCUUUGUUAAUUUGUCAAAUUUCGAUCCUACUACGUAUUAUUUGGUGAUGCAACUUAGGGUUGUAGUUACUGGAAUAUUGUUUCAACUAAUUUUCAACAAACUCCUCAGCAAAAAGCAAUGGCUCUCUCUAAUAAUCCUGACAAUAGGCUGCAUGCUAAAGCAAAUCCCCAUGAACCAACCUCAAGAAGAAACAACCACCAAAUCCCAAUCUUUAGCCUUAAGUUUAGGAACUGUAUUAAUAUUUAUACAAAUUGUUUGUUCUUGUUUUGCUGGUGUAUAUAAUGAGUAUUUGUUAAAGAAUCAAGGCAACGAUGUUAAUAUUUUCGUGCAAAAUGUUUUUAUGUAUUUGGAUUCGAUUAUUUGCAAUGUUGCCUUGUUGUCGGUGAAUGGGUCAAUUGCUACUGCGUUUUUGUAUGAUAAUUUAGUGAAAGUUUUGCAUUAUAAGGUACUUUUAGUGAUGCUUAAUAAUGCUAUAGUAGGUAUUGUUACCAGUUUGUUUUUGAAAACUUUAAAUUCUAUAUUGAAAACUUUUGCAAGUGCGUUGGAAUUGAUUUUGACUGCAGUAUUAUCACUUGUAUUAUUUGGAAUUCCUAUUUAUUUGAAUACUAUUUUGAGUAUUUGUACUGUAAUGUAUGCUAUUUAUUUGUAUUCGCAAAAUCCUGUUAAUAAUAAAAGUGAUAGGGGUGGAGACGAGGAGGAAGAGCAAAUGUUACAAAUGGAAAAAGUUUGAUGAAUAAAUAAUACUGUGAUCAUACAUAAGUAAUUAAAAAAUGGUUUUAUUAACAAAACAAAAAAAUAUAUAUCACAAUUAAUACUAAAAUAACAAUAACUGGCAAGUACAUAUAUUGUCUAUUCACAAUCUGUAGUCCAAAGGUACAGGUAAAAUGUAUCACCUUUCAAUGCUCUUUGAUAGGGAAAGGUGAUACAUUUACCUGUACAUUUGCAUUUGGACUACAUAUUGUGAAUAGGAUACAUAAAUAAAUUUAAAAAUCUAAAUUCAUUCUUUUUGCCUGACAAUUUUGGCCGCAUAGAAAACAAUGGUGUUGCGCAGUUCCGACGUCAAACGGUACUUCAAGGAGCAAUAGGCCAAUACCCUAAACAGUACCAAGUAGGCCAGAAUAAUAUAAAACUGAAUCUUGUAGUCUUCUUCCAGCAUACCCAUGUCUUUCAAUAAUGCCUAUAAAUUUGUUUUAAUUAUUACAAUAUAUUGAAUUAUUAGAUAUUUACCUCUGGAUUUUUAUAAUGACAAUAAACAAUAUCCUCUGGACAAUUCAUAAGCUCUCUGUUUUUAAAUAGAGCUGUACUAAGGCCUACAACUCCAAACCUCAAAUAGCUAAAACUUAUAAUGACCUUCAUUACUGGCUCUAUUGCAGCUCUAUAUCCCAUUCCAUAACAUGCCAAAGCUAAUAGAGGCGCCAGAGCUGAAGAACCAACAACAGAACCAUUCUAAAUUAAUUAUACAAUUAUAUAAUUUGUAUGUAUAUAAUUGGUACUUACAGUUAUGCUAAAAAUUGAGCCGAUAAAGUAGCCAAGGCCUUGUGAGGUGAGGCCUACAACAAUACUCAAAGCAGAGAACCACAAAAACCUGUCCAAAUCUAGGGGUUGAUUAGUUAAAAAAUACACAAUUACAAGGAACAUUAUGCUGCAUAAAAUCAUCAAAGGCAAAGAGGCAAUUGUAAAUGCCAUAUAAUAGGCCUUUAGACUGUACCAUCUAUUGAAAUAUUCACGUUUCAUUAGUUUUACUUCAAUAGGAACUAAAAAACAAAGAUGUUUUUUUCAAUAUAUUUUGCUCACAAAUCAUUACUUACAAACAAGUACAGGUACCAUUACAUAAGUGUACAUAAAGAACACAUUAACGCUGAUUAUGUACUUGAAAAUAGCCAUGGUUUGGCUGGCGUCGUUUCCCAAUUUGAAAAAGAUGCCUCCUAUUAAAAGGCCGGAGCAUAAAUGGUGGAUUAUCUGGAUGAGCAUUACGCUGCGGUGGCGGAGCAUUUGCAAGUAGGUUCUGGAUAGGAGGAUGAUGAGUUGGCCCCAAACUGAUAGGGGGAAGAUGAUGUCUGCUUGGUCUGGAUUGGAG